GAGGCUGGGAAGAUGGCUCCCGUGGAGCACGUCGUGGCCGAUGCCGGCGCUUUCCUGCGAGGAGCCCCGCUCCAGGAGAUCGGCCGGAACAUCUAUACGAUCCGAGAGGUGGUGACUGAGAUCCGGGACAAGGAGACCAGGCAGAGGCUGGCCGUACUCCCCUAUCAGCUCCACUUCAAGCAGCCUUUCCCCGAAUACGUGCGCCUGGUGACAGAAUUUUCCAAGAAGACAGGCGACUACCCUAGUCUUUCCGCCACAGAUAUCCAAGUUCUGGCCUUGACGUACCAGCUGGAAGCGGAGCAUGUUGGGGUGGCACACCUGAGGAAGGAUCCCGAGCAAAAGGUGACACUCAACUCGACCACCCAGCACCCUGAGGCGAUGGUGCGCAUCGCUGGCUUCCACCUCCCUUCCAAGGCCCAGCGCUCUGGAGGGGAGCAGUGCCCCUCAGCUGUGGACAGCAGAGGAAGCGGAGGUGCCGCAGGGCCAGAAGCCUCCGAGUUCAGCUCCUUCCUCUUCUGGAGGACCCCCCUGCCCAGCAUCGAGGAGGAUCUGCGGGGCCUGCUGCAGGCGGAUGCUGUCCAGGCCGAGCUGGAGCAGCCCGGCAGCCGGGAGAGCGACGAGGAGGCAGCCAGCACAGAGGAGGAGGAGGAGGAGGAGAAGGAGGGGUGGAUCACGCCCAGCAACCUGAAGCAGGUCCAGCAGGAGCUGGGGCAGGGGGACGAGCCGGCUGGCGUGCAGGUCGGCUGCGUCACCACCGACUUCGCCAUGCAGAACGUUCUGCUGCAGAUGGGGCUGCGUGUCCUGGCCGUGGACGGGCUGCGGAUCCGGCAGGCCCGCAGCUAUCUCCUGCGCUGCCACGGGUGCUUCAGGACGACCUCCGACAUGAACCGCCUCUUCUGCCCCCACUGCGGGAACAAGACACUGAAGAAGAUGGCGGUGACGGUGCAGGACGACGGGAGCCUCCAGCUGCACUUCUCCCGGAACCCAAAGGUCUUGAACCCACGAGGACUCCGGCACCCGCUUCCUGCGCCUCAGGGGGGCAAGCACGCGAACAACCCCCACCUGACCGAGGACCAGCGCUUCCCCCAGCAGCGGCUCUCGCGCAAGGCCCGGCAGAAGACCGAUGUCUUCCACCCGGAUUACGUCGCGGGGCUGUCUCCCUUCGUGGAGAACGACAUCUACAGCCGAGCCGCCAACCUCCGGAUCCGGGACGCGGCGCUGGGCGCAGGCAGGAGGCGCCUGAAUCCCAACACGGCCACCAAAAAGUUUGUGAAGAAGAGGUGAAGUGGGGAGGGGCAGCAGCCCUGCCACGCAGCCCCCGGGUGGCGAAAGGCCGGCCUCGCUUUCCAGCGGCCCCCGGGAAGGCUGGCCUUGCCGCCACAGAAGCCGCAGGCAGGCGGGACGUGGCUGGCCUCUCCGGAGGAGGCAGGAGGCUCGGAGCGCCUCCUAGACAAUCGGCAGAGCAGCAGCGGUGUUCCUAAUAAAGGGGGCUCUCUCCA